GAUUUUAACCUCUUCCUUCAUUCCUCGUUGGAACGUGACCCUGUGCAGGGGCGACCCGGGCUGCCUGAGCUGCAGCCCCGCAUCGCGGCCUAGUAGAGGCCCAUCGUCGCGCGACGCGACCUAGCGGCAGACGUCCUUCGUCCAGCCCCAGCCCAAGCUCCAGCCGCCGCUUGGCUCCUGCCGUCCUGCGUCCUGGUCCAGCGCUUCCUCUCCAGCUCCAGCGCCGCAGCGCGCUCGCCCGUGCCUCAUCUCCAGCUCUCCAGCGCCGCAGCGCGCUCACGGCCCACCAGCGCCAGCCGCCAGGCCGCCACCGCGGCACCGCCAGGCGCCCAGGCGCGCUCGCCCGCCGACCGCCGUUGUCCUUGUCCAGCCGCCGGAGUCCGGAGCACCGAGCACGGGAGCAGCCGAGGCGAGCAACCGAGCACCGCCAUUGAGCAACAGUGACCGUGAGCCAAGCCGGGCUCUCUCAAUAUCACCACAGGAACAAAGGAUCAGAAAUGGCUAUGCAGGCCGCAAGGAGGCUAGCAUCUUUGAAACUCCAACGACGCCUACUCCUUCCCUCUCAGGCCGAGUCCCCAAGCAUAAGCAUCCCAACCGCAGCGGCGGCGGCAGCCUUCCUCCACUCCCAUGCCACCAGCUUCGGGUACAAGCAGGUUCGCGAAGAGGAUAAGAGCAAAUUGGUUGGCAACGUGUUCAGCAGCGUGGCUUCUAGCUACGACCUCAUGAACGAUCUCAUGAGUGUCGGCCUGCAUAGGCUGUGGAAGGACAGGCUUAUUUCCAAGCUGAACCCCUUUUCGGGGAUGAAGCAUCUCGAUGUGGCUGGUGGAACAGGUGAUGUUGCUUUUCGUGUACUGGAAAGAGUUAAGAGUGUGGGUCACAGAGCUAUGCAGGGUACUCUUACUGAAACCGAAGAAGGCACCCACAUUUAUGUCUGUGACAUUAAUCCAAAUAUGCUAAAUGUUGGGAAAAAGCGUGCUGCAGAAAGAGGUUAUAGCGAAGAACAUUGUCUUAGCUGGAUACAAGGAGAUGCAGAAGCUCUGAGUUUUGAGGAUGGAUCUAUGGAUGGUUACACUAUCGCAUUUGGGAUCAGAAAUGUGACGCACAUUGAGAAAGCUCUGUCAGAAGCUUACAGGGUUCUAAAGCAAGGGGGGAGGUUCCUAUGCUUGGAGUUGAGUCAUGUGGAUGUCCCUAUUUUUAAAGAGAUAUUUUCUGCCCUUCUUUUUUCAGUUAUGAUGUUUACUCGUUUUCUAUGGUUCCGGCUAUUGGAGAGCUGGUUGCUGGUGAUCGGCAGUCGUACCAAUACUUGGUUGAGAGCAUCCGUCGGUUUCCGAAUCAGGAAAAGUUUGCUCAGAUGAUUCAGGAAGCCGGAUUCCAGAGGGUGGAAUAUGAGAACCUCGUGGGUGGUGUAGUUGCCAUUCAUUCUGGACUGAAACUGUAGAGCUGAAUACGGAUGGAUAUUUUUUCAUACGUGCACCGCUUCUACAAUUAGUAGUAUUUGUUUUUUAAAUUAAUUCUAUAAUAGGUUCGGUGGCUUGUAAAAGCAGCUGGUGCUGGCUGUCAGCAUCAGCACAAUAAGUAGUAUUUGCUAAUAAGUAGUAUUUGCGAGAAGUAUAUGCUGGAGCAGUAGCGUCAGUGGCUAUUUUGGCUUUUAAGCUAGCUGACCUCUUCCAUUUGUAAAGUUUUUUCUUGAAAACGUGAAACCAUCCAGAACAUCAAAUUAGUCUUAUCACAUACCUCCUGCAAUA